AUGCCGCCCGCGUCGACCUGCGUGGCGCUGCACGCGGCGCUGUUGCGGCGCGCGGGCUACAUGCGCGCGCGCACCGCCUCGCGCGCGCACGCUGCCUACCGCGCGCUCGUGCUGGCGCUCACCGCCACCUACCUACUGCAGGAGUGCGCGCACGCGGCACGCGCGCUGCGCGACAUGCGCGCGCUGGCGCGCGUCAUGUUCCUGCUGCUGUGCCACGUCACCGCCAUCGCCAAGCAGCUCGUGUUCCUGGCAGACGCCGACCGCAUCGACGCCAUGGUGCAUAGCUUCGACGGCGCGGCGCGUGCGGGGCGCGCGGCGGCGCUGGAGCGAGGCGUGGCGCGCGGCGCGCGACGCUUGCUGGUGGUGUACGCGGGCACCGCCGUGCUGACGUGCACGCUGUGGCUGCUGUUCCCCGUGCUGCGGCGCGCGCGCGGCCUGCCCGACGACUUCCCCUUCUGGACCGGCGUCGGCACCGAGCCGCUGCCCGCGUUCGCGGCGGUGCUGCUGUACUCGUUCGGCGCGACGACGCUGGUGGCCAUCGCCAACACCACGAUGGACGCGUUCCUGGCCACCGUGCUCGCGCAGUGCAAGGCGCAGCUCACUAUACUCAGAAUGGAUCUGCAAUCGCUCCCCGAGCGCGCCGCGAGCCUGCGCGCCGCCAGCCUGCGCGCGGCGCCGGGCGCGAGCACGGAGGCCGUGCUGAUGAGGCUGUUCGUGGAGUGCUAUCAUCAGUACCGCAAGGUCACCGAAACUGUGGCUCUGUUACAAGACGUGUUCGGGACAGCGCUGCUGAUGCAGUUCGGCAUCGGAGGCUGGAUCCUGUGCAUGGCGGCCUACCAGCUCGUGAGCCUCGCAGUGCUGAGCAUCGAGUUCGCGUCCAUGCUGCUCUUCAUCGUCUGCAUCCUCACCGAGCUGUUCCUGUACUGCUACUACGGGAACGACCUCACGGCGGAGAGCGACCGCAUCGUGUUCGCGGUGUACGCCAUGUCGUGGGAGCGCACUCCGCUGCGCUUCCGCCGCUGCCUGCUGCUGCUGAUGGAACGCGCGCGCCGCCCGCUGCGCCCCGUCGCCGGCCGCGUCGUGCCGCUCUCUCUCGACACCUUCGUAAAGGUACGCCGCGCCGCGCCGCGCCGCACCGCGCAGAGCGACCGCAUCGUGUUCGCGGUGUACGCCAUGUCGUGGGAGCGCACUCCGCUGCGCUUCCGCCGCUGCCUUGCUGCUGCUGAUGGAACGCGCGCGCCGCCGCUGCGCCCCGUCGCCGGCCGCGUCGUGCCGCUCUCUCUCGACACCUUCGUAAAGGUACGCCGCGCCGCGCCGCGCCGCACCGCGCAGAGCGACCGCAUCGUGUUCGCGGUGUACGCCAUGUCGUGGGAGCGCACUCCGCUGCGCUUCCGCCGCUGCCUGCUGCUGCUGAUGGAACGCGGCGCGCCGCCCGCUGCGCCCCGUCGCCGGGUACGCCGCGCCGCGCCGCGCCGCACCGCGCAGAGCGACCGCAUCGUGUUCGCGGUGUACGCCAUGUCGUGGGAGCGCACUCCGCUGCGCUUCCGCCGCUGCCUGCUGCUGCUGAUGGAACGCGCGCGCCGCCCGCUGCGCCCCGUCGCCGGCCGCGUCGUGCCGCUCUCUCUCGACACCUUCGUAAAGGUACGCCGCGCCGCGCCGCGCCGCACCGCGCAGAGCGACCGCAUCGUGUUCGCGGUGUACGCCAUGUCGUGGGAGCGCACUCCGCUGCGCUUCCGCCGCUGCCUGCUGCUGCUGAUGGAACGCGCGCGCCGCCCGCUGCGCCCCGUCGCCGGCCGCGUCGUGCCGCUCUCUCUCGACACCUUCGUAAAGGUACGCCGCGCCGCGCCGCGCCGCACCGCGCAGAGCGACCGCAUCGUGUUCGCGGUGUACGCCAUGUCGUGGGAGCGCACUCCGCUGCGCUUCCGCCGCUGCCUGCUGCUGCUGAUGGAAUGCGCGCGCCGCCCGCUGCGCCCCGUCGCCGGCCGCGUCGUGCCGCUCUCUCUCGACACCUUCGUAAAGGUACGCCGCGCCACGCCCUGCUGCGCCGCGCCGCGCCGCGCAGAGCGACCGCAUCGUGUUCGCGGUGUACGCCAUGUCGUGGGAGCGCACUCCGCUGCGCUUCCGCCGCUGCCUGCUGCUGCUGAUGGAAUGCGCGCGCCGCCCGCUGCGCCCCGUCGCCGGCCGCGUCGUGCCGCUCUCUCUCGACACCUUCGUAAAGGUACGCCGCGCCACGCCCUGCUGCGCCGCGCCGCGCCGCGCAGAGCGACCGCAUCGUGUUCGCGGU